CCCCAACCUCCAUAGAGAGAGAGUCCGUCGUCGUUCUUCGCGACUCUGUACUCUAAUCCAUGGCGUCGCCACCACCGCCAGUCGUGAAAAACUCAAUUUUGUUAUAAUUAGGAACAUCUCUCCCUAUCUAUGCUUACAAUACGUGCAUCAAUGAAUUUUAGAAGGCUGUCGAUCACUAAACAUAUCCCCUUCUUCUCUCAUAUCACCACCAAUUUAGCUUCACUCACUUACAGUGCCAACCAACCUCAACGCUACCAGGAACAGCAGCAACCACCCGGACGAUGCGAUCAACAUCCGUCGUCAUUGCAGCAAAACCAGCAAUCCCAUUCGCAUGAUUUGGGUUUCCUUAAAUUGGUAACUUCAAUCCUAUCAAAUAGUUCACUAGAUAGGUCCAAAUGUGUAGACAUUCUCACCCGUUUUUCUCCAUUACAAUUCGACAGUCUGUUCUUAGACAUUUUUUAUUCUGUCAAUCCCAAGACGGUCUUGAAUUUCUUUUAUGUAGCUUCGGAUUCCUAUGGAUUUCGCUUCACUUUAAGAUCCUACUGCACUUUGAUUAGUUUGCUUACGUUUACAAAUCUGAAUGAGUCGGCUAGGUUACUAUUGAUUCGGCUUAUUGAUAGAAAGCUUCCGGUUUUUUUUAAUAACACAGACAACAGACAUAUAGAGAUAGCAACCGCAUUGGCUGAUCUCAGUUUGACGAGUAAGAAGUCAACCAAUGUAAAGACAUUUGAUUUGUUGAUACAUGUUUAUUGCACUCAAUUCAGAACUGUAGGAUUUGACAUAGCAGUUAAUGUAUUCGAACUUUUGGCAAAUAGGGGUAUCUUCCCUUCGGUAAAGACUUGCAAUUUCCUUUUGAAUUCUCUCGUGAAGGCCAAUGAACUUCAGAAGAGUUAUCGGGUAUUUGAGUUAACUUGCCAAGGGGUGUCUCCAGAUGUUUACUUAUUUAGUACUGCGAUAAAUGCAUAUUGUAAAGGUGGGAAUGUUAAUCAUGCAUUGGGAUUGCUUUCGAGCAUGGAAGAAACAGACAUUUCCCCUAAUGUUGUUACAUAUAACAGUAUCAUAAAUGGCCUAUGCAAGAAUGGGGAAUUGACUGAGGCCUUGAAGCUGAAGGAGACAAUGACAAGCAAAGGAAUCAACCCUAGUCUCAGAACAUAUGGUGUGCUCAUUGAUGGGUUUGUCAAUAUAGGGAAGAUUGACGAAGCAAAUUUUGUUUUGGACGAAUUGUUGGCAAAGGGCUUUGUAGCAAAUGAAGUCAUCUAUAAUACGUUGAUAAAAGGAUAUUGUGUGGCGGGUAACAUUAACAAAGUCUUGAAGUUAGUUGAUUUAAUGGCUGCAAAAGGGUUAUCUACAAACUCAGUGACCUUAAAUACACUCAUCCAAGGAUAUUGUAAGUGUAAUUCGAUAGAAGAAGCAGAGUCACUUUUAGAUAAGAUGUUAUCAGAGGGAUUCCACGUAAAUCCUGGUUCCUUCAGUUCAGUUAUUAGUAUGCUUUGUGCAAAUUUCAGGAUUGAUUCUGCAUUAAGAGUCACUAGGGAAAUGUUAUUUAGGAACAUGAGGCCAAACGGUGGGUUACUAACCGUAAUCGUUUGUGAGCUUUGUAAGGAGGGGAAGCAUUCAGAGGCUGUUAAGAUCUGGUUUGAUCUUCAGGAAAAAGGAUUUCCUCCAAAUACGCAAAUGUCCAAUGCUCUUAUCCAUGGCCUUUGUGAAUCUAGAAACAUACCUGAGGCUGUUAGAUUUCUGAAGGAGAUGAUAGAACGUGGACUGGAAUUGGACAGGAUCACAUAUAACACACUUAUUUUUGCUUGCUCGAAACAAGGGAGAAUCGAAGAAGGUUUGAAGCUAAAGGAAGACAUGUUAAAGAAAGGCUUUCAACCCGAUAUGUUUACCUACAAUAUACUGAUAAACGGGCUUUGUAAUACAGGCGAGAUGGAUAAAGCUCUGUUACUCUGGAAUGAGUGCAAAGGGAGUCAUCUAAACAUGGACAAUCAUAUGUAUUCUGUUAUGAUAGAUGGUUAUUGCAAAUUGGAGAAUAUUAAGGAGGCAAGACGUCUUUUCGAUGAGCUAUUGCAGAAGAAUCUUGAGCUAAACGUUGUUGUCUAUAACACUCUAAUUAAGGCAUACUGUAAAGAUGGUAAUAUGAUAGAAGCUCUUGAACUUUUUGAUGAUAUGAGAACUAAAAGCAUUCUGCCUACCCUUUUUACAUACUCUUCCUUAAUUCAUGGGUUUUGCAAUAUUGGCAAAAUUGAAGAUGCGAAGAAUCUAAUUAUUGUAAUGAGGAAGGAGGGACUGUUGCCGAAUGUGGUUUGUUAUACAGCUCUUAUAGGAGGUUAUUGUAAGCUAGGUCAGAUGGAUCAAGUGAGAAAUGUGUUGCAUGAGAUGUUGUUUUAUGGCAUUCAUCCGAAUAAGAUCACGUAUACUGUCAUGAUCGAUGGAUACAGCAAGAUAGGGGAUACUAGGGAAGCAAGGAAAUUACUUGCUCAAAUGAUGGUUAAGGGAAUUGUCCCUGAUAGAGUCACUUAUAAUGCAUUGACAGAUGGGUUCUGCAAGGAAGGAAAUGUAGAAGAAGGCUAUGAAGUGACCAAUCAAAUGUCACUCAUGGGAGUGACAUCGGAUGAAAUCACAUUCACAACGUUAAUCGAUGGAUGGAAGCAUCAGUCAACCAUUUCCAGUGAAGAAUGAUUCACAAUUCUGAUGUUGAGCUUUAAAUUGGGAAAGUUGGAGGAGGGUCCAUUACUGGAGCUGAUUUGUCAUGGUAAUCUCUUUAAAGAACUACUCUUGGUGUCAUGAUCUUGCCCCCAAUGCCAAGGAAAUACACCAUGUAUGAGAAAGCUAAUGAACAGCUAGACAAUGAGUGUCCGAAGCUUGUGGGAACCCCCUCUAGAAUAGACCUUCAUUGAAGGGUUCUAUAAGCCACACCAAAGCCACAAGGAUAAACAAAAAAAAAGUUGUGUCGAACACAGCAGCUAUUGGAUUUACCAGUUUGAUCUCUUCAUGUAGAGUGUAGACUGGGUCUUUCCUUGAUGUGGGAAUGUUUGUAGGGACAAGAAUUUGAUGCUUGUGAGAAGGCAGCGAGCGUUGUGAACUAGAUGUGGUGCUUACGCUUUUGGCGAAGAAUGGUUCUUUAUGGUCUAUUGGUGUGAACAAAGAGAACCCACUUUCAACAAUUGAUUGUAGAAAAAUCUAUCUGGCUAGCAAUUUUACUUCAGGUGUAUACUUCAAGAGAACCAACUUUUAGCCAUUGUUGUUGUGCUAAUAAUUGUCUUUUUUCAAAGAUGAGGAUUAAUAAUGCUCAAACAUCAGCUGUUCCUCAAUGAAAUUAGUUGGUAAUUACGUGGAAAGUUCUAAUCUUAACAUAAAGACAGCACCUUUAUUGUUUUUAUAAUAAUUAACUUGAAAUCUCUAUUUUUUUUAAUAUCAAUUAAGAAAAAAGAAGAACUGAAACUGUAAUUCUUAGUACAACUCUUACUUAACCUUGAUUACUACUAACUAUUUCAUUACAAGAAUUCAGAUGGAGAGUUGGUUUCUGGCUUCUCAUGGUGAUCUUCUCCAAGGCUGCUCCCACCAGGAUGAUGAUGAUGAUGAAGAACUGGACCAUCACUUGUUGAUCCACCUCCUAAGAAAAACUGAGAAAGAAGACGAGCCAUGAUACCAAGUAUCUGGUUUUGAUUCUGACAUGACUCUGCCUGCAUUUGAGCCAUUUGCUUUUCAUGAUGAAUUUGCAUUCCAAUCAUCUUUUCUCUCCAGGCCAUCUCUUCCUCUUCCCACUUCUCUUCAACCUCCAUCCUCCUCCGCCUCUCCUCCGUUAAUUCCCUCUCGAUCUUGUAUCUCCUCUCUAGUUCCUUCCUUCUCCAUACCUGCAAUUCUGAUUCCAUCAUCUCCAUCUUCUCCUCUCUCAAAUCGCUCACCUUCUCCUCCAUUACUUCCUUCUCCACCCUCUUCUCUUCCAUCUCCAUCAAUCCCUCCUCUUUGCUCCAUUCCCUUUCUCUCCUCCUUUCUUCUCUCCUUAACAUCGUUUCUCUGAUCUCCAUUACCUCUGCACCUAAUGCACCCAGUUUCUUUGAUCUGCCCCAAUGCCCUCCAUUCUUUGAUAUCCUCUUCUUCCUCUUCAUCUUCUUCUUCCAUCUCCUCUUAGCCCCGCAAGAUUCGCGGUUGCUGUCCAUCAAAUCAUCAUCAUCACUGUCAAUCUCAAUCUCAAACCCUAAACCUAACCCAUCUUCUUCUUCAUCGUCUUCAUCUUCGCCAGAGAAAUUGAGGCCAAACUUUUUCCCCUUAACUUCAAGCUCUACAUCACCGAAAACCUCCCUGUACUUGAGGAAAUUCUCCCAAUGAUGUUCUCCGUCGUCCCAAUGAAAAUCGCCAUCGGAAGACCUAAUCUUCUGUUUGACGCCGAGGUACUGAUGACGCAUGUUUUGGACCUUAAUGGAGACGUCUCGCCACGACCAACGAAAUGGGAAGUUGAUUGGGUUUCGUAGAUGGUGGACGGAAUUGAGAUGAUCGGCGAUUGGCUUGAACUUCUUCUCACGAGUCUUUAGCUUGAUUAGGGUUCCUGAAUUGAACAGCUCGGAAUACUUGCUGAGUAGGGUUUGCUCCUCUAGCUCCGACCAUUUCUUCCGCUUCAUUUAUUUACACGAAUCAAACUGAUAGAUAGAAGCCGCCUGGCCGCGCGUUGUUAGAUAGAUAGAUAGAUAGAUAUAGAGCGAAAGAGAAGAGAUUUUUUGUAUGAUAAUAAUGCGGCGGCCGCAGCGACUGUGGAGGAGAAAAAGCGAUCUCAGCCAUUUUUCUCUUUACAAAAUCUAGUGGGUUCACUACCGAUAUCGCUCAUCGCGAUCGCCCGUAGCUGCUAUACGUUUUGUUUGCUUAUCAUAUCAUUGAUCUCUUCAUCGCUAGCUGAUCGUUCUUCUAUAUACAAAUACAAUUUUUAUUUUUGCUGAUUGUAAAUUGUAACCUUAAUUAUA